AACUCAAAACCGCAUCGCGCAUGCGCAAACUCUCAGUAUGGUCUUGAUGUGUGACACGGAUUACGGAAGUUUCCACAGGGGCUAAAAACUUUUCUUUUGUUUUUUUUUGUUUUCUUAAAGAUUUUUAAUAGCCGGAGUUUUAUUUUUCUGCGGGAGACAGACUUCAUACUGCAGUGAAUUUUGUGAAGAUUCACAAGGAGUAGGAAAAAGGAAACAAGAAUGGGGUUCCUGGGAGGAGACGUAACUGUCCACAAUAAAACUCAGCACAAAUGGACCGUCUGCAUUGAGUCUAGGGAGCCAUGGCCUAAGUCCGACGUAUAUUUUACAUCCACAGUUGGAAGCUAUGAAAAGAGAGUUAGAAAUUUCUUUGUACCAGUCACCUUUGUCAGAACAUUCUACAUCAACGUGAAGUAUGGAGAUUGCUCAGAGAGUGACUGUUACAAACAUCCACACUUGUGGUACAUCUUUGAUCCAAAAGAUGAUCCAUGUUUCACAAUUCAAGAGAGCGGAGACCACCAGGAAAUACAUCUGGACUGCAAUAUACGUUAUGAGAAGAAGAAAUCAACGUGCCCAAAUUAUGGGAAAAUUGAAGAUGAUGCGCGAGAGGAAGAAGAGAAGCAAAGACGAGAAAAAGAGGAGCAGAGGCGACAGGCCCAGCUUGAACGUGAAAAAAGAAUUGAGGAACAGAUUAGAAGGGAAAGUGAGCUUGCUGCUAAGAAACUUUCGCAAGCCAAAGAGACGCUGAAGCAGAAACAGAGGCUGAGAGGCCAUGAGCUCCAUCACCAAACUCAUAUAAUGCAACAGACAAUAAACACUGAAAUUGAGAGAGAUGAGGUUGCAGAAAUAGGGCAGAAAUUCUCAGACCUCCUAUGUGAAUAUCAAAUCGAUGAAGAGGAAGACCCAGGGGAGACAUUAGCGGACUGGAUGAAGACCCUGCAAAAUGAGUUAAUGGUGGAGUACUGUAAGAAACACAACCUGUCCAGUAGCUGUGUGUUUUCUUUCGACACUUCAGUUGGUUAUGAGACUCUGCCUCUACAAGAUAGACUGACAGUGCUUGAGGCAAUAAUGUAUUUAGUUUUUGAGGAGGAUGAAAAUGACCACACACAAAUACAUGACCGGGAUUUCCUCUUGGAUGUGCUGGAACUGUUGCAAGACGAUCAUCCGUCACUUGCCUUUAAUCUUUUACAGAGCGUUCUUCAAACUGAUAUUCAACUUUCUACACAAAAUAAAGACAUUCUGUGUCGGAUUGCGUUCAACAACACAUGGAAACUGCCAGAAAUAACAGAUUUCAUGCGUUAUGUUGUUGAGAAAGACAAAGAUCAAGCGCAGGCAAUACUUCACAUUGCACAGACCUACAAGCUGGAGUAUGAGAUUGUUCUCCAUGCUUUAGAUUCACCUGAUCCACCCAGACGGCUGAAAUGGCAUGUUGACACAGAGACAGACAAAAAUGCUAAUACUAUUAUUAGUGAAAUGCGCAACUCAAACUAUCCUGAGAAUGUCCUGACAAUACUAGAGGAUGUUCUGCUAUAUCUGGAAAUGGAGCUUCCAAAACACAAAAGAACUGAUCUCCAUAAAAAUGAAAUCCAGCAUGUAAAGAAAAUGGUUAAAGAACUGGAUUUUACCAAUCCAGACAGACAAGUUCUCAAAAGUGUACUAGUGCAAAUGUCAGUCGCAGUAAAAAUGUGCUCUGCUCUCACUAUUCAAAGGGGUAAAGAGGAAAUAGUCAUUGAAGGAUAUCUUCCCAGAUUAACUCAGCUUGCAACCUUGAUGGUUUUCCUGCUUCCAAAAUCAAAAACCAAUACAGGUUGUCUUCUUGAAAUUGGAACAGGUGAAGGGAAAUCUUGUAUCUUAGCCAUGCUUGCUGUGAUCCAUGCCAUUCGUGGUGUAAAGGUGGACAUUGUGACAAGCUCUCCAGUCCUCGCUUGCCGUGAUUUAGAGGAAUGGAGCAAACUUUACAACAUGUUCGACAUAACGUCAUCUGCUGUUCCUCCAAUGCUGAAUGAUGUCUCAUCUGAAGAACAAGAUGAUCUGACUCAGGAAGCAUACAAACAAGAUGUAGUGUACAGUACUGUUGGAACAUUUGCAGCAGAUACACUGAAACAAGAGUUUGAGAAGAAAACAUCUCGUGGAGACAGGAAGUUCGAGUUGGUCCUUGUGGAUGAGGUUGACUACAUGACUUUAGAUAAUGGAGUUCAAAUAACAUUUCUGUCCCAUGAGUCCAGUGGCCUCCAGCAUUUGGAGCAAGUCCUAGCCAGCAUCUGGGCCAUUAUAUCUGCAUGUCGACCAAUUGAGGUAGAAGAAACUGGAGAGACCAUGUGGACAACAAGAGUCCAGAAUUUUCACACAGCUGCCCUGAUAGCAAUGAUUGGUUCAGAUACAAAUGAUACGUUUUCACCACUGGAAAUUUUGAUGCCAGGUAUUGAAUUAGGCUUUUACUCAGAGGAAGAUUUUGAAAAUUUGAAGGUCUCUAUUAAUGAAGAAGGAGAAAAGGAACAUGGGGCCAUUGAAAAUGAGGCAUUAAAGACCAUCAUGGCCAAAACAGGAAUAGAACAACAAUAUGACCUGCUCAAGGUUCUCGAGAUGGGGAUGGAGCACAAGGUGGCAUUUAACUGUUAUAUUUAUCAGUCAGAAACUAGAAAAGCCUUUCAAUUUGGAGAGCAAAAGACAAAAACUGACCAAAACAUCAACAUGCUGCUACUCGAGAAUGGAAAAGCAUGUGAGAUCUUGGCUGAAAAUUUUCUUAUUAAAGCCACAGUUAGCGAGGUGAAAUCCAAGAUUAUAUACUCUACAGAAUGCAGUUCAGAAGAAGACGAAGAGUCUCUUGUAAUUCCUUUUUUCUUAGAGAAAUACCUGGAUAAUCAGCUGCCACUGUUUGUUGAGAAUGCACUGAAGGCCAUUCAGAUGACCAAAGGCAGAGAGUACAUGAUCGAGAGAUCUCUUAGUGCUCAGGGAAUAGAUGUUGAUGAAGAUGGUGAACACAUGUACCAUGCAAUAAUCCCAGUGGACUUUCAGGCCAGUGGAAUGCUGGAGAAAAGAAAACGGUGGGGUGAUGGACUACAACAAUUUCUGGAGAUGAAGCAUCAGUUAACAUUAUCUCCAUUAUCAAAUGUGACAAACUACAUGUCAAAUUCAAAUUUCUUCAAAAGAUAUCUCAGAGGGAAAGGGAUAUUUGGUGUUUCUGGAACACUAGGGGGAGAUGCAGACAAGGGUUUCCUGGCAAGGCAUUACAAAACGGACAGCUAUGUCAUACCAGCUCAUCAACGUCAAAAGGUUACUGAGCUGCCUGCAGUCCAGGUGAGAGGAGGUACGGAACAAUGGAUCCAAACUAUUUGUGCCACGGUCACAAGAGUCUCUAAACGAGGACAGGUGGUGUUAGUCGUGUGUGAGGACGUCAACACAGCAAAUGCUCUCAAUGACAAAAUUGUAGCAGAAACCAAACAUUUAGUUACCAUGUACACGAUGAGUGAGAGCCACAACAUUGAGAACCAGGAGUUCAACAAGGGACAGAUCAUUAUUACCACUAACCUUGGAGGACGUGGGACAGACAUUAAGGUCACAGAGGAGGUAAAUCGCUGUGGCGGUCUCUUUGUGCUACUCACGUACUUCCCCAAUAAUCGAAGGGUUGAGAAACAAGUCUUUGGACGAACAGGUCGAAAAGGAACCCCGGGAAUGGUCCAGGUAAUACUGAACCAUGAUUGUCUAGCCAUGGCCUACCGAGGCCAUUCUAUUGAAGUCAUGAGAGAACUCAGAGAAGAAUAUGAAAUUAAUAGAAUAAAAGACAUGGAGAAGGAGAAACUAGCUGAAAUUGAGAUGAAAGAAGAGCUGUUCUCUACAUUUUGUCAGUUCCUUACUGACUUUGACAGGCAUUAUAGUACAAGAGAGAAAACGGACCUGUUUGAAGUGAAAGUAAAAGAUGUCCCUUGUUACUUUGAGUCCUUUCACAGUAAGAUGGACUACCAUCCAGCACUGAAUGCUUUGAAGGAAUCAUGGGGUAUAUGGCUAAUACUUCACACAGACCAGAUUAACGUACACAAAGACCUUACAGAACUGAAAGAAAACCUCAUCCAACACUUGCAGGACAAAAGUUGUAAACUUUUACAAGGUCACAGUGAAAACCUUUAUGACCACAUACAGCAGGCUUUAGGAAGAACUGCCUUGCACCUUCAAAACAAAAACAGAUGUGACUAUGGAGCAAAAACCUACUGGAAAAAAGUCGCUGAUUCAGACAAAUACUACAGAGCUGCUGCAAUGUAUAAUCAGGCCUACAUUACCAUUAACAUGGCCAGAGAGGGCUACAAAAGUGAGGCAUGUUCCUUACUCAAGGAGGCAGAGAAAGCCAUAGAUGUUUACAUAUCUGAAACAACCAGAACACUGAGCUUCUGUUCUUUGUCUGUUACUCCAGAUUUUGAACCACACCACAGUGGCAGCUGUAACUUCCAAACACAAAUGCAGGCAAGGAUGAACAUAUUUAACUCAUGGAAACAAAAUAUUAAAAAAAUACUUGACAUGCUUGGAUCGGGCAAUGGAGACUUCAGAACCAAGGAGCUGACACUUUACAGCUUAUCAGCUGAGGAGGAUUUUGUGUCUUCUAGUGAACUCGGUCUCUUUCGUAAUUAUGGCCUCGCUGUUGUGUUUGAGGUGAAACAAAAGCCCAAAUUCUCAUUUGAUGCCCUGAUUUGUUGUUUUCUUGGUGUGAUUCAGGUUGUAGCAGGAGUUCUGAUAUGUGUUUGGUCAGCUGGUUCCAUGUCCUCAUUUGGUCUUGGCUUGAUCUCAGAAGGUGUGUCUGACAUGAUCUAUGGAGUCAUGGGUAUGAUAAAUGGUACAUUUGAUUGGGCAUCAUGGGCGAUAUCUAAAGCAAUAAGUAUAGGAAUUUCCUUGGCCUGUGGGGGAUUCCGUGUUCUCAAACAAUCAUUCUCCUCUGUGAAAAAUGCUGCAAGUAAUAUCCUCAAUGGCACCAAAUCCCUAAAAAGUGUUGCAUCUAGUGCCCUCAGAUCAGGAAAAAAUGUGUUUGUUUCAGCGUGCAAAUCAGCCAAAUCAAUGGUGUCAUCAACAGGUAUAAAGAAUAUCUCAUGGAAUGUGGUCAAACCAACUUUGAAACAUGCAUGUAAAUAUGCUGUUCAGGAAUUGGCAAUUCAAGGGGUAAACACUGCUUUGAACACAUGCAUGGACGCUACAAUUCAGAAGACAUUCCAGCAAGGAUUUCGUCAUACUUUCAAGGAAUCUGUCCGUUCGGUAUUACACCAAAAUAAAGAGUUUGUCCAAACACUCGCAGAUUUCAUCUGCUCAGGAAUUCCAAAGGCCGCCUUGCAGAAGGAAUCUGGCUCUUAUAAGAUUAGCAAAACCCUAGAGAAGGAAAUGAAGGACCAUGUGGUUUUCAAUACAAACAUUGUCAUGAAUGAUCUCAUGGUAGACUGUAAACAGAUUCAUCAGGUGAUUAACACACUCUCACAGGUGUGGGACAAAUCAGCAGAGUUUGUUGCGCACCGCUCCCAUGCCUGUAUUAGGAUGCUUAUGACUACUGCAAGCAUGUCCACCACCAUUUAUGAAAUGUACAAAUCCAUUCCUACUAAACAGACCAUUGACAGUAAUUUUGUUCCAGCAUUUUUGAAGUCCUUGGGUGAGGAACCUUUAUUUGAGACAUAUGACAAUGAUGGAAGGGACAAACUGGAAGAUGUGGAACGUCUUAAAGAUGAACUCAUUGACGUAAUUUCAGAAGUUCUUUCCCAAACCAUGGUGGACAGUUUUUCUGGGUUUGCCUCCUCCAUGUUUACAAAAACAUUCACUCAGCGACUAAACUCUGCUACUGGAAAAGUAGUUGGUAAUUUACUGGGAAGACACAAAACCCAAAGUUUCUUUGUAAGUCAACAGCAUCAUUAUGAUCUGAAAUCUGCCACUGAAUGCAAGGAAAGAUCUCUGACUGAAGAAGAACUAAAUGAACUCACACGCUACGCUAAUAAUGUAACUGAUGAACAAAAACCAGCAACAGCUUUAGAAGUCCAUGUCCUCACAAAAAGCAACUUGCUGGAUGGAAAAGGAAUUUGUCUGACUGUAGUAGAUGAUAAAGGAAAACUUCUCACAGAGGAGACCUACCCAGGAACUGACCCAGCAGCUGGUACUAUCAAACUUGUGCUGACAAAAACACCUCAGACUUCUUCCGGAACAAGAGGAAUAUGGAGCAAACUGAAAGAGAUGGCUAUGGGUAAAGACACAGCACAGAGUGGCCACAUUGACAUUAUUCGCUCUGAUGGCUCACGGGAAACUGUGAACUCCUCAAAUCAAAGCUGUCUUUUUCAUGCUGUCAUUCAAGCAACAGCUAAUGACCCAAAUGAUGAUUUACAACAAAAAGCCAUAGAACUCCGUAGUAAAGUUAGUCAGGAGAUACUAUCUAAACCAUAUAAAUAUGCUGAAGCUGUGAGGAUUCAGAACAUGUUCAACUGGACAAACAGCUCCAAUAGAUUUAAAAUUGAAGCUGGACUAAGGGAGGGGGACCAGCAGAAGUAUGAAAGGUACAUCAAAGACAAGAUUCCAGUGGACAUUAUUAAUGCAUACCAUUUGGGAGAAGUGGCAGAAUAUGAAAGCCUUUUAGACAUGGACAAACCCACUCCAGGAGUAGUCGAAGCUGACCACAUUCCACCAAGGAGUAGUUUAAAUGAACUCUGUAAGCUGAUCAGAAGAAAUCCAGAAAUGGCUAAUUCGCUCAAAACCAACAACAAGGCAGCGUAUGAGUUAGUGAUGAGCAUGAGCAAUGACCAGAAUGGAAAAAAGCAGCUCUGCAUGAACACACUCUACUCGGAUCAUCGACGUGCCCUGACCAGCGGCAACAGUUCUGAAUCCAGAGCAUGCAGACAUUUGCUGACAAACACCUUAGCAAGUGGAGACGUGGAGAAACUGCUGAAGCAGUCAUUCAUACUCGCUCACCCGGAAUGCUCAGAGAGAAUCCGGAAGACUCUAGGUGUCCAACAUAAGUUUGAUACCCAGAGUUCUGGACUAUCAAUGAAUGACCGUAACAAAUACUACCAGGAUGGAUUUGACAAAAUUGUACAAGAAUACAGCAAGAAGAAUCUGAUUGACCAAAACCAAACCACUCGCCUCAUGAAGUGGGUGAAAGAGGAGAGAUAUUUGGACACAUCUGCAUCGGAGUAUAGAGAAAUAAAAAGGGUUGUAAAAGAUAAAGCUGUAAACAGAAGAAACCCAGACAGCAUGAGGCCAAAUUUUCAGCAUCAUGAGCUGUAAUGUUCACGUCACUGAUAAGAUCAGUGCUUGUCUGUAUGAAAAAGAAACGCACUUUAUUAAGAGAAGAAAAAAUUCUCAACAAGUAAUGAUUAUACAUUUAUGUUAACUUGUUUCUUUUGCUUUCAUAUUAUUUUGUAUUUACCAGAGAGCAUCAUUAAGUCAUUGGUAAUGGCAUUAAUCAAUAUGCUUUAAUAUAUAACAAAAUGUAAAUGUGUUUCUCAUUUUAUGAUAAUAAUAUACUUGCCAUGUGUGUGAUUAGUGUCUAAGCUCCUGUCUC